UGUGUUACUAUAUGGUCAUAAUUAAGAAUGCCCCAGCACCAAGUUAGAUGAAGUGUUGAACUAUGGCAAUCAUUACAUUCUUUGAUUUUCUGCUUCAAUAGAAACAGUAAUGUUUUAAACCUUAGCAUAUAGAUCUUAUACCCUCAUCUCAACACAUUUUUCUUUCAAUCUAAAACCACAGCAACAUCCAUAACAGAGAAACAAAUGAAGCCAUCUCUACCACUCCUCUUGGUAACUACAACUUUUCUUGGAUUAUUCUUUCUUCCAAUUUCAGAACCAAAAUCUGACUCAUGCAACAUAAAUCUAAACCUUAAAGUUCCUAUCCCUUUUGAUAUAACAAACCUUCACUGCCUUUCAGUCUGGGAUUCUCAGAGUUUCAUCCUCAGAUAUGUUCAAACUUCUAGAAACACUUGGAGCUUCAUUCUCUCAACCCCAUAUACAAAUUCUUACAUUGCUAUGGGGUUCUCAACCAAUGGUGGCAUGGUAGGUUCAAGUGCCAUAGUGGGGUGGGUGGUAUCAGGAGGAAAAGGUGGAGGGAUCAAGCAAUAUUAUCUUGGAGGGUAUGCACCAAACCAAGUGGUUCCUAAUAAAGGGAACCUUAAUGUUGUGGCCAACUCAACCUUUAUCACUUUAGAGUCCAAUCAUUUAUACAUGGUGUUUCAGUUACAAACUACUACUCAACCUUUGUCUUGGAUCAUAUUUGCCACUGGUUCCAUUGGAUUAUUCCCUCAAGCACCAAGUUUUGCAUUAACAAAACACCUUGACAAGAUUUCCCAAAGAAUUGAUUAUUCAAAAGCAAAAUUUGGAAGUUCACAAGGUGAUAGUACUUCUAAUUCUUCUUCUUCUUCUUCAUCAUCACAAGCAAAUGGAAAUAAUGGAAGCAAUGGUUCAUUAUCAUCACAAGGAGAUUCAUGUGGUUCAAACCUAAACCUAAAUGCUCCUCUUUUCUUUGACACAACAAAGCUCAUUUGUAUUCCUGUUUGGAAUACUCAAGGUUUCAUCCUUAGGUAUUAUGAGAGUUCUCCAAACACAUGGAGCUUCAUUCUCUCAGCACCAAACCCUAAUUCCUACAUAGCAAUAGGGUUCUCACCCAAUGGAGGCAUGGUUGGUGCAAGUGCCAUAGUUGGUUGGAUCUCAACAAAUAAUGGAGCUGGUGGAGGCAUGAAACAAUAUUAUCUAGCAGGGACAACACCUAACAUGGUUGUUCCAGAUAGGGGCAAUUUAGUCAUUCUAACCAACUCAACCUUAAUCACAUCACAAUCCUCAACUUUGUACAUGGUUUUCCAAUUACAAACUAACCAACCUCUUUCAAGGGUUAUUUUUGCCAUUGGACCAAGUGGUACCUUUCCUUCAUCACCAAGUUUUGCACUUUCCAUGCACCAAGACAAAUUCUCCAUGACUUUGGAUUACUCAACAGAAUGGGAUCCAUUUUGGUUUUAUUUUCAUGCUUCAGUUCAAUCAUUGGGUUUUAUUAUUGGAACAAUUGGUGUGAUUAGUGGGCUUGUUCUUAAUAAUCAACUCCAAGUUGAUGUUUCUCUUCACAAGGCUCUUGGUAUCAUCAUUCUUGUCCUAGCUUGCCUUCAGAUGAUGGCUUUGCUUGCUAGACCUAACAAGGCAUCAAAAAUGAGGAAGUAUUGGAAUUUGUACCAUCACAACACAGGAAGAGUUUUGAUUAUAUUAGCCAUUGCUAACAUCUUCUAUGGAAUUCAUUUAGGCAGAGAAGGAAACGCAUGGAAGGUUGGCUAUGGAAUUGUUCUUGCCAUUUUACUCUUUAUUGGAUUCCUUUUUGAGAUAAACAUGUGGAGUAGUUUAGAAGAAGAUGAUGACUAAACUAAUUUUUUUAUUAUCAAAUUUAUUUCUUUGUAGAAAUUGUAUGUUUAUUUCUUCUCAUCAUUAUGAAUUAAGUUUUUUGUUAUUUGAUGGAAGCUAAUUAAUUUCUUAUUUAUUUUU